GAGAGGUUCUUCUAUUCAGGAUACAUGUAGUGUGCUAAGAGGUUCUUCUAUUCAGGAUACAUGCAGUGUGCUGAGAGGUUCUUCUAUUCAGGAUACAUGUAGUGUGCUAAGAGGUUCUUCUAUUCAGGAUACAUGCAGUGUGCUGAGAGGUUCUUCUAUUCAGGAUACAUGCAGUGUGCUGAGAGGUUCUUCUAUUUAGGAUACAUGCAGUGUGCUGAGAGGUUCUUCUAUUUAGGAUACAUGCAGUGUGCUGAGAGGUUCUAUUCUUCAGGUUACGUGCAGUUUACAAACUGGAAGAGAGAGAAAAAACAGAAAACUGUUGUUGUUGGUGGUUGUGUCUGUCUUGGACGGUGUUGUUUACAUGGUGGUGCUGGACGACGGCCGCGCUACCAAACCUCUUAUUUUUAUGCACCACUCCUGAAGAAGAAUUUUUUUACGCCGUCUCCCCGGUAUUCAUCAUGGUCUCCGCCAAGGAACUGGUCACCAGGCUCAAAGGGGAAGGAUGGAGUUUGAGUGAAGAAGGUGUUGAGAGCAUUUUAGAGGGCAACAAUCUUGACCUUCAACAAGCAUCUAUAGAAAUACUCAAUAGUGACUUGAAGGACGUAGGUGCUCCCUGCCUCCCAGAAGAUGUGUUGAAGGGUAAGAAGAAUUCGCUGCCUGGUCCUAUGAUACUACAAGUGGUUAAAAUGCGCAAUGUUUCUGCCCCAAAAGCCUUUGAAGACUCGGGCGCAGCUCCUAGAAUGUUGCGUGUGUCGCUCACAGAUGGCUCUAAUUCUAUACAGGCUCUUGAGAUUCAGACUAUCAAACCACUGAGCAUGAAGACUGCACCAGGUACUAAGGUUCGGCUUACAGGCAAACCCCUUGUUUGUGGUGGGUUUGUGUUACUGUCCCCAAACAACAUAACUGUGAUUGGUGGCAUUGUUCAGGAAUUAUAUGACAAGUGGAAGCUCUCAGCAAGUGUUUCUAAAUUUAGCCGGGGAGUUCGCACUGCUGAUGGCUCUGGUCCUCCUCUCUGGGUGCCAUUUGGUAAACUUAUUAUGAAGGAUCCCCAUGAGAUGAGGAAGUUCAAGGCCCUUAAAGACUCCAAUAGUAAAGACAAACAGGAUGACGAAUUUGAGACGCAGAGAAAGCAAACAGUAAAAGAACUAGCCAAAGAAGGAAAUAUAAAGGUGUUUGGAGGUGGCAAGCAGAUGUUGGAUGCAAAUGUGCAGAAAGUUGUCAAUGCUGGCUUCUCCCAAGAAGUUGCUGAAUGGGCACUAAGAUGUAGCAAAAAUGAUCCAGUUAAAGCCAUCAGGGAGCUUAAAGCUGCAGCUAGUGGUCAGCCACCUCCCUCUGACCGCAGUAAUUACAAUCAAGAUGAUGAUGGUUAUGGUGUACGGCGAGGUCGGGGUGGCCGAGGACGAGGCAGAGGUCGAGGGAGAGGUAGAGGAGGAGGAGGACCAGAUGAUAGUGAUGAUGACUUUGAACCUCCGCCUAGUAUGCCUCGGCCUUCAGGUCCAGCUUCACUCUUUGACUUUUUAGAUACAAAGAUGAUUGAAAAGAAAGGUAAAUUAUUUUUCUAA